GCGUGAGCGUGAGCGUCGAAUUACGCAGACAGUGGUGUGGUUGUGGUAGGGAGGCCUAGUUACUAGUUACAGUGUCGGUGUGACGGUACAGAAAUGGAGGAUCCAGAGCUAGCAGCUUUAAGAAGGCAGCGGAUGGCCGAGCUGCAGAGUAAACAUGGGGAAAGUGGAAACGAUCAAGCUCAACAGGAAGCAAAACAAAGGGAUGAAGAUAUGAGAAAUAAUGUUUUAGCACAAGUUCUCAGCCAGGCAGCUCGUGCAAGGUUGAAUAACUUGGCGCUGGUUAAGCCGGAAAAAGCCAAAGCUGUGGAAAAUUAUCUAAUACAAAUGGCAAGAUUUGGGCAACUUGGAGGGAAGUUGUCAGACCAAGGAUUAAUAGAAAUUUUGGAAAAAGUAAGUAAGCAGACUGAAAAAAAGACUACCGUGAAGUUUAAUAGGAGAAAAGUUAUGGAUUCAGAUGAUGAGGAUGACUGAAUAUUGGGUCAAGCUUGCAGAAUCAAGGAUAUUUCCCUCUGAGUGUUGAAGCACUUGUUUUACGCUGCAUGCAAUUAUGGAGAAAGGCACUGAACUGCUUUAAGUUAUAGUAAACAAAGAAAAGAGACUACAUUUUCUAAAUUAAAAUUCACAUUUUUGUAAUCCAGCACACUGAAGACAUUCAAAUACAUUUUCUAAUUCUGGAUUGUCUGAAAAGCACUUGCAGUAUGGUUUAUUGGAAUCUCUUAUGUUUAGUUAUAAUAUUUAAAAAGCCCAGUGAUAUUUGUAAGCCAGGUUAUUGGUAAUUUCUAUCUUUUGUUUAUUGGUAUAUUUACAGUUAACUAUUUUGUGCCAAUUUAUCAUCUUUUUAUACCAUGAAUUGGAGAUUCUGGCCUACAAAACAGUGAUUAUUCUGAACAACCUCUCACUCAAUAAACAUUCUGUGUUCUAAAACA